AGAGAGAGAGUCCUAUAUAUACAAGAAAUCUCAUAACAGAGAAAAUAGAUAGAGAGAGAGAGAGAGAGAAAGAAAAGAAGGAGAUAAUGGUGAAGGAAUCUGUUAGGAAGUGUUCGCACUGUGGACACAAUGGGCAUAAUUCGAGGACUUGCAAUGGGAAUGGAAAAGGGUGUUUGAAGCUUUUUGGGGUUACUAUUUUGACACAGAAAGAAGAUGAAUCGAUCAGGAAGAGCAAGAGCACUGGCAAUUUGAUUGCAUGCAAUGGCGAACAUAGCGUUCUCGAUGUUGGGUAUCUCUCUGAUGGCCUCAUUCAUUCCAAAAGAGCCAACGAUGCUCAUGAAAGGAAGAAGGGGGUGCCAUGGACUGAGGAUGAACACCGAGCGUUCCUAGCUGGUUUGGAGAAGCUCGGAAAAGGUGAUUGGAGGGGAGUUUCGAGGAUUUACGUGCCAUCUAGGACCCCGACUCAGGUGGCUAGCCACGCUCAGAAGUAUUUUAUCAGGAUGUCCACAGCAGACAAGAAGAAACGCCGAUCAAGCCUCUUCGACAUGUCUUUCAAUGAACCACAAAUUUACCACUCUCCUUCUCAAGAACCCCUUGACAAAACUGCUGAAAUCUCACCACAGGCUGAUAAAUUACCAGCUGCUAAUUUGAACAACAUUGGUGACACACAAGGACAGGUUUCUGCAAGUACAUCAGCAUUGGUUGCAAGCCCAUUGGAAGCGCCCCCGGUUUUACCCCUCGCGGCAAGUUACGGUGUUCCUGAUUUCCGCCAAAUGCCAUACAUGCCGAUGGUGGGAGUCUCCGGCAAUGUGCAGAACUUUCCGGGAGGCACGCUUUACCCGACCAUGUCAUUGGUUCCAAUGGUGAAUUUUCCCAACCACCAUGGCUAUUUCUAUGUUCCUAAAAGCUAUGGAAACUUUGCAACUUGUGGACCUUACAUGGCUCAACCAUCAAGUGGUCUUUUGGCACAGCCACUCACACAUGGGUUGUUAUCUCAAGCAGGCUCUGCUGAAACUUCUUCAAUGGUUAAUAAAGAUGGCUUGGAUAUGCAUGUUGGAGUGAAUUGAAUCUCUUAAUCAAUCUGUUUAGUUUAGCUGUUUUGUUGAGAUGAUUGCCCUCUUGUUUGAAGGGGUAGAAGAAAAAUGGAACAAUGAUUGAGAAUUUGUUUUUAUCGUGAAUAAAAUUAUUGGCCAUUCUCUCUCU